ACUCUCUCCAUUCAGGGCCUUCGCACGUUCUUCCACCUGCCUAUCUCUAUAGACCGUUGCUGUUAUCGUACACGCGCAACAAUCGUAUCAUUCUAUCCCCGCGUCAGAGAAUGUAGCCUGAGUAGCAGCACUCCGAUAGGCAAAGUGUCGACUUUUCCGCGCCCAAGUUUCCCGCGGGAAACCGAUCAACCCCGCGGCGAUUGCACAGCUUCCAAUUCCGAUGGUUUAAGUAAUAUGUGAGCCGAUCCUCCAUUUGAUACUGUUCAAAUCUCCUGGCAACUACUACUCUCUCCAAUCAUUUAUUUACUGCUGCUCCAGAAUGAUCUCCAAGACCGAAUCGUCUGCCGAAAGCACAUUCUGGGACAAUGCCAACAAGCAUCUCAUGCAUACUGGUGUUCCGUUCUCACCAGUCAUCAUCACCAAGGCCCAAGGCACAAGACUCUACGAUGCGGAUGGUAGAUCGAUCCUAGAUUUUACCUCUGGUCAGAUGAGUUCUCUUCUUGGACACUCUCAUCCCGAAAUUGUCGAAGUCGUCCGAAGUUAUGUCGGCGAGCUCGAUCAUCUGCUCAGUAACAUGGUUACUCAGCCAGUUGUCAAUCUAGCUGUACGCUUGGCCAGUUUGCUUCCUGCACCUCUGGAGAAAUCUUUCUUCCUCAAUACAGGCUCUGAGUCGACCGAGGCCGCCAUCAAGAUCGCAAAAUGCUACACGGGAAAAUUCGAGAUUGUUGCUUUCACGGCUAGCUACCAUGGACUUACUUCAGGAGCUGGAUCUGCCACAUAUUCAGCAGGACGCAAAUUUGGCGGACCGGCAAUGCCUGGUCAACUAGCGUUUCCCGCACCAUACCCUUACCGCUCACCAUUCAAGAAAGCCGAUGGGUCUUAUGAUUGGGAGACUGAAAUGGACUUUGGCUGGGCAAUGAUCGACCGGCAAAGCGUUGGAUCUUUGGCUGCAUUCAUCAUGGAGCCAAUACUCUCCACCGGUGGUAUCCUGGACCCUCCCAUCGGGUAUCUUAAGCGUAUGGCUGAAGAAUGCAAGAAGAGAGACAUGCUCCUUAUCAUGGAUGAAGCGCAAACCGGUGUCGGACGUACUGGACAGAUGUUCGCCUUCCAGAGAGAUGGUAUUGUGCCAGACAUUCUAGCACUCUCCAAAACGCUAGGUUGUGGCCUGCCCCUAGCGUCUGUGACGACUACAGCCGAGAUCGAGAGGAAGUGUCGCGAGGCACACUUCUUGUGGCUCACCACACAUUUGAACGACCCUCUCACAGCAGCAGUCGGGGAUAAAGUUCUCGAGAUUGUGGUGCGCGAUAACAUUUGUGAACGCGCUCGCGAGAGGGGCAAUCAACUUCGGGCAGGUCUUGAGGAGCUCAAGAAGAAGUACUGGUGUAUCGGAGAUGUCCGAGGACGUGGCCUCUUCCAAGGCAUCGAAAUCAUCUCAGAUCCCGAGACCAAGGCGCCUGGUCUCGAUAUCGGCCAAGCAGUAUCUGACAUGGCCAUGGCUCUCGGUCUCUCAUGUAACAUUGUGAACCUUCCUGGCAUGGGUGGUGUCUUCAGAUUAGCACCACCCGUCACUGUAUCUAGCGAUGAGAUCAAGGAGGGUCUGCAGAUUCUCGAUGACGCAUUUGGUAAGGUCUUGAAGUCACAUCGUAAAAUGACUGGCGACCACGAGCAACCUGCUCUUCCACUGUAAACAAUCAAUAUCACAUCUUGCAUUUCUUACUGUAGCUUUCGCGUUGGAGCAGGAAUGAACUCGCUUGUGAAUGACUUCGGGCCGCAGCAGCCUGAAGAUGGUAUAUAUCAUCCCUGAGAUUGACUAAAGCGGCGGCGGCGUGCUACCUGUCCAGGAUUCAAGAUAUUCCAGGAGGUACUGGAUGUCGGAUGAGUGGUCGUGUAUGAGAAUUUGGUCUGAGUCGUGGCCAUCAACGUCGUCGAUCGAGGACCAUGAACAGCAAGCGCAGAUUGUGAGCGGCGUUUGAGCUUGGACCUUCGCGAUGACGGACGCUCGGCGCGCAGUAAUUAUACGGAGUAUACCAAUGAGAUGACAAGUCCGUGCAUACC